AUGCCUUCUCCGGGCCCCUCGCAAGCUGCCCAGCCAGCGAGCCAAAAUGCACGCAAGACCGUCGAUCUGGCCCCAGAGCAUCAGGCCAUAAUGCUCCGGUACGCCCUCUCGCCUCCCACCAUCCGCGCCCUCGUCUGCCUUCCCCGCGGUGCCGAACCCAACGAGAUCCUCCGCUGUGCCUCCUCGGCAACUGAGCUUCGCUCCUUCAACUUACACGCCCACGAGAGAGGCGCCUUCUCCGGCAUCAACAGCCACCCUACCACACGCUGGCCCAUCAAGGAGAACCUCAGCCAGCCGUGGCACAAGGCCUUCCUGAUCGCCCAGUGUGAGGCCGCCGGUGCCGACUAUGGCGAGAGACUCAGCCUCAUGGCCCGUCAGGAUCUCAUGGCCACCAAGCCGAAGAUCAUCAGAAUCCUAGGCCAGGUUCUCCGCGCCUGUGCCGACAUUAUGGGCACGAGAAAGGACGCCGCUGGCCUCCGACGGACCCUCGAGACCUGGCGCGCCGUCGCUUCCAAGAGCUAG